UGAGUGGCAGCAGCACCAUGGCAGCCCCAGUGUGGCCAUCAACCCACCGCUCCACCAGCCUGGAAACCUCUAACCCUGGGGUGGGAUGUGCCCCAGCUCUGCCUGGUGAGUAUGCACCCAACUUGUAUUUUUGGCUGGAGUAUGUGCUGCCCCAACAUGCACAAGGAGAGGCAGACACCUGGAUUCCACACUGAUGGUGAGUGAACCUCAGGGAGCUCCCAGGCCACGGACGGCAGUGGUGGCACUGGGGGAGCUGGGGCUGGAGAGGACAAGUGGCCAAGGAAGAAACAAGAUGGGCUGGAGCUGCAGCAGCCCUGACUGGUUUUGGGGCCUGAAGGUACCUGAGAUCUGUGGGACCCAGGUUUAAACCCCUGCCAGCCCUGCAAGCACCCCUCACCCAUGCCACACCCCAAAUCUGUUCUGCUGCUCCUGGCUGUCAACAGCCCCAGUUCUUUCUGCUAGAGAUGUGGCAGAGCUGCCUGUACACGGCCCAAGCUGCCCCACCUGUCAGCAAGGAGAAAGGACUGAUCCUGCCCGCAUGGCCCCUGGGCAGCAGGUUUAAGUCCCCUCAGAUGCUGGCACCGGGAUGUUUCCCUAGCAAGGGGAUUCAUCAGCUCCACCAGCAACAGUGGCACAUGGGUGUGGGAUUAUCCCAAAGGAUUUCCUUGGGUUAAACUUAGGGAUCUGGAAGGUUUUGCUGGGAAUGUGCCAGCUGGGGGAAGCUCUCCUCUGCUGCAGCGCUGAGCUCUGCUGAGCUUACCUUGACUAGCGGGGGGGGGGCCGGUCCUUUAAGCCUGAAGCUUGGUGCAGUGCCAAAAGCCCCCAAGAGCUGGAGAGGGGAAGGGACCUCUGCACAACAGGUGGCACAUGUGCCACCUGCCAUCCCAGGCCCCAAGGGAAUGGGGAUCAGGUCAGAGCAUUCCCAAAGCCUCUGGGAUGACAGGAGCAACUCAGAUGGUGUGCGGGCCCAGUAACAACCACCCCGUACGAGCAGGGCAGCUCCUGCCCUUGGAGCCACCUUUUCCUCCCACCAGCCCAGCUCAGCAUUCCCCAGUUGAGUUCAGGUGAUGGGCAUGGGGUGGGUGCCUCCCACCCUGGGGCUGCAGGCAGGGAUUAGUUCUGUCCCCCGACAGCCACUGCCACCCCUGCUCCCCCAGCACUUGUCAUGGCCAGCUAUGACACAGAUGUUACUCAACACCUCCUUCCUCCUUCCAGAAAACAAGACACUGGAGGGGGUGACUGGCUGGGGGCUCCUCACUGCAGAGGUCAACCCCACCUCUUUCUGAUCUCAGCUGGGGAUGAAAAGCAGAAAUCCUCUGAGAGCAAAUGAGCCGGUGGAAGAGCCCAGGAUGGACCCUCCUGCAUCCCCCAAGCCCAGCAGGCAGGAGCAGAGGGCAGGGGAGGAGGCAAGAGGGACAGACCCCUUCCCCCAGCCAUGAUGCAAGGGCUUCUUGGGGCAAAAGGCUUUCUCCCUGGCCAGCAUAUUAAACAGCACCCACUCAUGCCCCGUUUGAGGCUGUGUCUGCAGCAGCAGGUUGUAGCCCUCAGAGCUCAACCAACAGGGAUGAACUGGUGGCUGCUGGUGCCAUCCCUGCCUGGCUGGGCGUGACGGAUGUGCUCGACCCCUUAACCACACUCGCAGUAGUUUGGUUCAGGGUCCAAAGGAGGUAAAGGCCUGAGCCAUAGCCAGGUCAACAACUCCUCUAGUUUCAAUCAGUUCUCUGAAAACCCGCAAAGGAGCAGGGUGACACAAUGAGCAUCAAAGCCUAUGAGCUUGGAACACCGAUCAUGUAAUUAACACAUGAAUAGUGUGUGGCUUUUCCAAGACCCAUUUAUCAAGGAGCAAAGUUAGUUGUGGGUACAAGGAGUCUCGUGCAUACCUUUCCCAUCGCAUGUAACUUGACUAUGAGCCAACCACUUUAUCCCAUAAAUAUGGCAGCCUGAGUGAGCCUCCUUUGAGCUCUCCCUGCUAGGCAGCGUGGCUGGUAAUCUCCCCUUGAGCUGGUACGCCUCUCAAGGUUGCUCCUCGAGGCAGAGAGACCUUUUACCAACAGCAGAUCUUUGGUGAGCGACCGACAUCACACAUAACCUUCUAGCAUGGUAACUCUUGAUUUGUGCCUUGGUAACUUUUGACUCUGCCUUGGUCCUUUUGAAUCAUUGUUCAAAUAACUGCGCAGCACAGCAACAGAGCGAACUUUGCCAUCAAACUUUGUUAAAUUGUGCUUUUAUGACAUCACGUUAAAACCCCUUUAAGCAAUCUAAAUCUUCCAUUCGUGACACCAGGUCACAGGAGCUGCUUGGCCAGCCCAGGGUACACCCUGCCCCCCAAACCAAAGACCCCCCAACCCGGUGAGAAAGGGCAGCCCCAGUGUCGGGGGGGGGGGGGGGGCACAGGGGGUGACCCACUGCCCUGGCUGCGGGCAGAGGAAGCAGGCAGCAGGCCGGGGCCAAGGCCCCUGCGGGGGCGCUAGGCCCAGAGGCCUGUGGACGUCGCUCCAUCCCCCCCAUGAAGGGCGGGAGAGCCGGGGCUGCUCCCCCGGAGCUCCGGGUCCCACCAGGCCAUGGUAGGGGGUGGCGGAGGAGUGGCCGCUCCUCUACCGGCACCAUGCCUUGCCUGCUGGCUGCCAUGACACCCUCCCCAGCGGCCCCAGCGAGACGGAUUUAAACGGCAAUCCGUCACACCAAUCACCACCCGCCUCGGCCGGCCAGCCCGCCCCGCCCCCGCUGCAAGUUCGCUCUUCUAUUGGUCGCCGGGGCUGAAUUUUAAACCUUGCCGCCCUGCCCCUUAGAAACCGCAUCUCUACCCGCUCGCCGAUUGGCCGCCGCCUGGCACCGCCCCGCGCCCUGAUUGGGCGACGCUCGGCCAGUGCUGGCCGGCCGCUGCCGAACUGCUACUUUCAAAAGAGCCGGGGCCGGCUGCGGGGCGGCGGCGCAGCUUGCUUGUAGAGGCAGAGGGAGAAGAUGCCGUUGCCACGCAACGCCAAGAUGCUGAGCACCAAGCAGUCCCGAGCGGGCAAGGUGGGCCCUGCUGCAGCAAAUCCCAACCCUGAGAAGCCUCUAUUGCAGGAGGAGAGCUGUCAGGCCAAGAGAUCUCCAUCCUCACCCCAGGGUGGGCCCAAGAAGAGGUCGGCGUUUGGCGACAUUACCAAUGCUCACAAGAACCAGGUGGUGGCAGGGAAGAAGGAGGCUGUGAAAGUGGCACCACACAAGGCACAGAGGGCCCAUGCUGCACUGGGGGUUGCCAAGAACAACGAGAUCAACCUGAAAAAGUCAAUGAAGAAAACUCCCACGACAGAGGCUCCUACAGAGUCCAAGGAGGAUCCUGUGCCGGAGGAGCUGGUGCCUGCACAGCUGCCAGCUGUGGAGGACAUAGACAAGGAGCAGCUGGGUGACCCCUAUGCCAGUGCAGAGUAUGCCAAGGAGAUCUUUGAAUACAUGCGGGAAAGAGAGGAAAAAUUCAUGCUCCCUGACUACAUGGCAAAGCAGCCAGACAUCAGUGGGGACAUGCGUGCCAUCCUGGUGGACUGGAUGGUGGAGGUACAGGAGAACUUUGAGCUGAACCAUGAGACUCUGUACCUGGCUGUGAAGCUGGUGGACCACUACCUGGUGGAGGUGGUGAGCAUGAGGGACAAGCUGCAGCUCAUCGGCUCCACCGCCAUCCUCAUCGCCUCCAAAUUUGAGGAGCGGUGCCCACCAUGCGUGGAUGACUUCCUCUACAUCUGCGAUGACGCCUACAAGCGGGAAGAGCUCAUUGCUAUGGAGAUGAGCAUCCUCAGCACCCUCAAGUUUGACAUCAACAUUCCCAUCCCCUACCGGUUCCUGCGACGCUUUGCCAAGUGUGCCCGUGCCACCAUGGAGACACUGACGCUCGCCCGCUUCCUCUGUGAGAUGACCCUGCAGGAGUAUGACUACGCCCGGGAGAGCCCCUCGAAGCUGGCUGCCAGCUGCCUGCUGCUGGCACUCACCAUGAAGAACCUUGGUGGCUGGACCCCCACGCUGGAGUACUACAGUGGGUACCGCUCCCAGGACCUGCAUCCCCUGGUGAAGAGGCUGAAUUUCCUGCUCACAUACCAGCCCCAUGACAAGCUGAAGGCUGUGCGCACCAAGUACUCGCACAGGGUCUUCUUUGAGGUUGCCAAAGUCACCCCCAUGGACAUGCUCAAGCUGGAGGAGAUACUGAAGAGCUGCUAGCCCUGUAUCUGUAAAUAGCCUGUAAAUAGUUGGGUGUUCUCUGGCAGGGGAGCACUAUGUACAUAAAUAAUAGCAAUUUUAAGUGAAGGGGAGGGGGGGGCGGAAAAAAAGAGUUAUGUGUAGCUGUCAAUAAAAUGCUUUGUCUUACAUGCUGGUGGUGGCUGCUGGGACAGGGGUAGGGGAUGGUGGUAGAGGUUAUGCUGAACCCCUGAGCUGUGGUUCCCCUACUGUGUUGGAGCAAAGGGUGAGAGCAAGAGCCAUUUGC